AUGAAGCCAGAGGUUGAACAAGAAUUGGCUCACGUCCUUUUGACUGAGCUUUUGGCGUACCAGUUUGCUUCUCCAGUGAGAUGGAUUGAAACACAAGAUGUUUUCUUGAAGGAUUUCAACUCUGAGCGUGUUGUUGAAAUUGGUCCUUCUCCAACUUUGGCUGGUAUGGCCCAGAGAACCAUCAAGAACAAGUACGAAUCUUACGAUGCUGCUUUGUCCUUGCAAAGACAAGUGUUGUGUUACUCAAAGGAUGCUAAGGAGAUCUAUUACACUCCAGACCCAGCUGAAUUGGCUCCUAAGGAGGAAGCUACUGGUGCUGAAUCUGCUCCAGCAGCAGCAGCAGCAUCUGCUCCUGCCCCAGCUGCUGCUGCCGCCCCAGCUGCCGCUCCAGCCGCCGCCGCCGCUCCAGUCGCUGCAGCAGCUGAUAUUCCAGAUGAAGCGGUUAAGGCCUCUCUAUUAAUCCACGUUUUGGUUGCUCAAAAGCUAAAGAAGCCAUUGGAACAAGUCCCAAUGUCCAAGACCAUCAAGGACUUGGUUGGUGGUAAAUCUACCGUCCAAAACGAAAUUCUAGGUGAUCUAGGUAAGGAAUUUGGUACCACUCCUGAAAAACCAGAAGAAACUCCAUUGGAAGAAUUGGCUGAAACUUUCCAAGAAUCAUUCUCUGGUUCUCUAGGUAAGCAAUCCUCUUCUUUGAUUUCCAGAUUGCUUGCUUCUAAGAUGCCUGGUGGUUUCACUAUCACUGUUGCCAGAAAGUACUUGCAAACUCGUUGGGGUUUGGGUUCUGGUAGACAAGAUUCCGUCUUGCUAGUGGCUUUGACUAACGAACCAAGUGCUCGUCUAGGUUCUGAAGCCGAUGCAAAGGCCUUCUUGGACUCAAUGGCUCAAAAGUACGCUUCCAUCGCUGGUAUCAACUUGGCUGCUGCUUCCGCCAGUGCCGGUGCCGCUGGUGGUGCCGCUGGUGGCUCCGGUGCUACUAUCGAUGCCGCUGCUUUCGAAGAAUUGAACAAGGAUCAAAGAGUUUUGGCCCGUCAACAAUUGGAAAUCCUUGCCCGUUACUUGAAGUUGGACUUGAACCAAGGAGAAAAGAAGUUCUUGAAGGAAAAGGACACUGUCGCAGAACUACAAUCACAACUAGAUUACUUAACAGAAGAAUUGGGAGAGUACUUCAUCCAAGGUGUCUCUACCUCCUUCUCUAGAAAGAAGGCUAGAGUUUUCGAUUCCUCCUGGAACUGGGCUAAACAAUCUUUGUUGACUUUGUACUUCGAAAUUAUUCACGGUGUUCUAAAGAACGUCGACAGAGAAGUCGUCACCGAAGCCAUUAACAUCAUGAACAGAUCCAACGAAACCUUAAUUAAGUUCAUGGAAUACCACAUCUCUCAUACUGAUGAAAACGAUGGUGAAAACUACAAGUUAGCUAAGCAGUUGGGUCAACAAUUGAUCGAAAACUGUAAGCACGUCUUGCACAUGGACCCUGUUUACAGAGACAUUUCCAAGCCAACUGGUCCAAAGACCAUCGUUGACAAGAACGGUAACAUUAAAUAUUCUGAAGAACCAAGAGAAGCUGUUAGAAAGUUCUCACAAUAUGUCCAAGAAAUGGCUCUUGGUGGUCCUUUGACAAAGGUGAACGAAGGUUCCAUCACAGAAGACUUGAAGAGAGUCUACAAGGCUAUCUCUGCUCAAGCUGCUGCUCACAACAUCUCGGACUCUACUCAAAUUCAAUUCGAAACUUUGUACGGUGAAUUGAUCGAAUUCUUGGAAUCUUCCAAGGAGAUCGAUGCCUCUGUCGCAACAAGACCAGCUGGUGUCGACGAAGAUGCUUUGGAUGAGGACUCCACAAAGGAGGUCGCUUCCUUGCCAACCAAGUCUGCUAUCGUUAAGACUGUCUCAUCGACUAUUCCAAGAGAAACUGUUCCAUUCUUGCAUUUGAAGAAGAAGUUACCAAGUGGUGAAUGGGCUUACGACCGUCAAUUAUCCUCUUUGUUCCUAGACGGUUUGGAGAAGGCUGCCAUUAAUGGUGUCACCUUCAAGGACAAGUACGUUUUGAUCACUGGUGCCGGUGUCGGUUCCAUUGGUGCCGAAGUUCUACAAGGCUUGGUCCAAGGUGGUGCUAAGGUUAUUGUCACUACUUCUCGUUUCUCCAAGAAGGUUACUGACUACUACCAAUCUAUCUAUGCCAAGUAUGGUUCCAAGGGUUCUACUUUGAUCGUUGUUCCAUUCAACCAAGGUUCUAAGCAAGAUGUUGAAAACUUGGUUGACUUCAUCUAUGAUGAUGAGAAGAACGGUGGUCUAGGUUGGGAUUUGGAUGCCAUUAUUCCAUUUGCUGCCAUCCCAGAAAAUGGUAUCGAAUUGGAAAACAUUGACUCCAAGUCUGAAUUCGCUCACAGAAUCAUGUUGACCAACAUCUUGAGAUUGAUGGGUUGUGUUAAGAAGCAAAAGUCUGCUAGAGGUAUUGAAACCAGACCAGCCCAAGUUAUCUUGCCAAUGUCUCCUAACCAUGGUACUUUCGGUGGUGAUGGUAUGUACUCUGAAUCUAAGUUAUCUUUGGAAACUUUGUUCAACAGAUGGUACUCCGAAUCUUGGGGUAACCAAUUGACCAUCUGUGGUGCCAUUAUUGGUUGGACCAGAGGUACUGGUUUGAUGUCUGCUAACAACAUCAUCGCUGAAGGUAUUGAAAAGAUGGGUGUCCGUACUUUCUCUCAAAAGGAAAUGGCCUUCAACUUGUUGGGUUUGUUGAUCCCAGAAGUUGUCAGUUUGUGCCAAAAGUCUCCAGUUAUGGCUGACUUGAACGGUGGUCUACAAUUCUUGAACGACUUGAAGGAAUUCACCGGUAAGCUACGUAGCGAAUUGAUGGAAACUUCUGAAGUCAGAAAGGCUGUUUCUAUUGAAACCGCUCUUGAACACAAGGUUGUUUCUGGUAACAACGCUGACGCUGCUCAUUCCAAGGUUGAAGUUCAACCAAGAGCUAACAUCCAAUUGAACUUCCCUACUUUGAAACCUUACGAUGAAAUCAAGAAGAUUACUGCUCCAGAAUUGGAAGGUAUGUUGAACUUGGAAAGAGUUAUUGUCGUUACCGGUUUCUCUGAAGUCGGUCCAUGGGGUUCUUCAAGAACCAGAUGGGAAAUGGAAGCCUACGGUGAAUUCUCUUUGGAAGGUUGUGUCGAAAUGGCCUGGAUUAUGGGUUUGAUUAAGUACCACAACGGUAACUUGAAGGGUCGUCCAUACACCGGUUGGGUUGAUGCUAAGACUAACGAACCUGUCGAUGACAAGGACGUCAAGGCUAAGUACGAAGCUCACAUUUUGGAACACGCUGGUAUUAGAUUAAUCGAGCCAGAAUUGUUCAACGGCUACAACCCAGACAAGAAGCAAAUGAUCCAAGAAAUCAUUAUUGAAGAAGAUCUAGAAGCCUUCGAAGCUUCUAAGGAGACUGCUGAACAAUUCAAGCUGGAACACGGUGACAAGGUUGAUAUCUUCGAAAUCCCAGAGACUGGUGAAUACUCUAUUAAGUUGCUAAAGGGUGCUACUUUGUACAUUCCAAAGGCUUUGAGAUUUGACCGUCUGGUUGCUGGUCAAAUUCCAACUGGUUGGGAUGCCAAGACUUAUGGUAUUUCUGAAGACACUAUCUCUCAAGUUGAUCCAAUUACCUUGUUUGUUUUGGUUUCCGUCAUUGAAGCAUUCAUUGCAUCUGGUAUCACCGAUCCAUACGAAAUGUACAAGUAUGUCCACGUUUCUGAAGUCGGUAACUGUUCUGGUUCCGGUAUGGGUGGUGUUUCUGCUUUGCGUGGUAUGUUCAAGGAUCGUUACAAGGACGAACCAGUGCAAAACGAUAUCUUGCAAGAAUCUUUCAUCAACACCAUGUCUGCUUGGGUUAACAUGUUGUUGAUUUCUUCUUCUGGUCCAAUCAAGACACCAGUUGGUGCUUGUGCGACUGCUGUCGAAUCUCUGGACAUUGGUGUUGAAACCAUCUUGUCUAACAAGGCAAAGAUCUGUAUUGUUGGUGGUUACGAUGACUUCCAAGAAGAAGGUUCUUACGAGUUCGGUAACAUGAAGGCUACUUCCAACACCUUGGAAGAAUACGAACACGGCCGUACACCAGCUGAAAUGUCCAGACCAACCACUACCACCCGUAAUGGUUUCAUGGAAGCUCAAGGUGCUGGUAUCCAAGUUAUCAUGACUGCCGAUUUGGCUUUGAAGAUGGGUGUUCCAAUCUACGGUAUCUUGGCCAUGACUGCUACUGCUACUGAUAAGAUCGGUAGAUCUGUUCCAGCUCCAGGUAAGGGUAUUUUGACUACUGCCAGAGAACAUCACGGUAACUUGAAGUUCCCAUCUCCAAUGUUGGACAUCAAGUACAGAAAGAGACAAUUGACUGCUCGUCAAGAACAAAUUAAGCAAUGGGUUGAGAAUGAAAUUGAGAUGUUGAGAUACGAGGUUGAAAGUGUUCCUGCUGAAGAGCAAGAAGAAUUCAUCCAAGAACGUACUGCUGAAAUCGAACGUGAAGCUUCUAACCAAUUGAAGGCUGCUCAACAACAAUGGGGUAAUGAAUUCUACAAGUCUGAUCCAAGAAUUGCUCCACUAAGAGGUGCUUUGGCUACUUACGGCUUGACCAUUGAUGACUUGGAUGUUGCUUCCUUCCACGGUACCAGUACCAAGGCCAAUGACAAGAACGAAUCUGCUACUAUCAACGAGAUGAUGAAGCACUUGGGUAGAUCUGAAGGUAACCCAGUUCUUGGUGUGUUCCAGAAGUACUUGACUGGUCAUCCAAAGGGUGCUGCUGGUGCCUGGAUGAUGAACGGUGCCUUGCAAAUCUUGAAUUCCGGUAUUGUUCCUGGUAACCGUAACGCUGACAAUGUCGACAAGUUGUUGGAGCAAUUCGAAUACAUUUUGUACCCAUCUCACUCUAUCAAGACUGAUGGUAUUAAGGCUGUUUCUGUUACCUCGUUUGGUUUCGGUCAAAAGGGUGCUCAAGCCAUCGCUGUGCACCCAGAUUUCUUGUAUGCUGCUGUAGACAAGACCACUUACGAGAAGUAUGUUGAGAAGUGCAGACUAAGAGAAAAGGCUGCAUACAAGUACUUCCACCACGGUAUGAUCAACAACUCCUUGUUUGUUGUCAAGGAACACGCCCCAUACUCUGACGACUUGGAACAAGGUGUGUACUUGGACCCAUUGGCCAGAGUUACCAACGACAAGAAGACUGGUGAGUUGAAAUUCACUCCAGCCAAGAUUCAAUCCGAGGAAUCCUACGUUUCUGAGGCAAACAAGAAGACUGCUUCCGUGGUUAACGGUUUGGUUCAGAACUUGCAAGGUGCAAGUGGCAAGAAAUCCAGCUUAUCUCCAGGUGUCGAUGUGGAACUGAUCAAGAGCAUCAACAUCGAGAACGAGACAUUUUUGGAAAGAAACUUCACCAAGCAAGAAAUUGAGUACUGCCAAAAGCAACCAUGUCCACAAGCAUCAUUUGCAGGAACCUGGUCUGCCAAGGAGGCUGUAUUCAAGUCCUUGGGUGUGAAGUCUCAAGGUGCUGGUGCCCCACUAAAGGAUAUUGAAAUUGUGCGUGAAAAGUCUGGCGAACCACCAAAGGUCCAAUUGCAUAAUGAGGCUGCUAAGAUUGCCUCAUCUGCUGGUGUCUCCAAUGUGAAAGUCUCCAUUUCUCACGAUGACUUGCAAUCCGUUGCCGUGGCCAUUGCCGAGUAA